UACGAACUUCCACGCAAGAUUGACACUGCUCGCUUUCAUCGGUCAUCGGUCAGCACCAUUCUUCCAAUGUCGUCCUCCCCGUGGUCUCCCGUCGCCGGAGCUCCGCCGCGAGCAGCACCGGCCGCGGUUUCCAGCGCGGCGCGGGAGCGUCACCCCGUCGAGGGUUCCCGAUCUCUCCCCGCGCAGGAGGAAGGGUCCGCCGCCGCCGCGCAGGAGGCCACCAGGGCUCGGCUUCCGUCGGAGGACCGCUGCUCAGAGGUAAACACCCAGGAGCAUGGAGAGAAAAUCAACAAAUAUCAGGUUGUGCUUGCAGCACGUUUGAAAGCCAAAUAUUUUUCUAGCGAGACUUUCGAGAAAGGAGAUGUGUUUGAAGAAAUUGCUAUCCAGUCUGAGACCAUUCACUUAAGCAGGUGGCCGUUUACAAGGUUAUUUUCAGACCCAGUAAAACUUUGCCAAGAAAUAAGCUAUGCUGAGAAGGGCAUUUGUCCAUCUCUGGCUGGUGAAGACAUGCCGAAGAAAUAAGCACAUCAUUUAGCUGCAGACAUAUCUUAACACCUCGCUAGUGAAGCUUAUCCACCAAGACCACCUGAUGGAUAAAAAAAGAACCGGGUAGUUUACAUCCCUAACUUCUAUCUGUUUUCCUUGAAGCAAGUGACCUGAAGCAUGUAAAUUAUCAACAUGCCCAAAUUAACUUUAGAAUGUUUUCAACCAAAGCAGCUGAUUUUCAUUUGUAGACAUGUUAGGAAGUAUACUGAGACCUGUUACCUGUAACUCUAUGGGAAGUAUACUGGUAUUGAUAUUAUUCCUCCACGUGGGUGUUUCAACUUUUUACCUGCUAUGGGUGUCAUAUCCAUAAUCUUUGCAUAUUUUCCGAUUCCUUUUCUCCUGAAUGCUGUAAAUUGUAGGUCCCUAGCAUCUUGUCGCCUAAUAUUCUGUUUGCAGUACCAACAUCCCACCACUUCCAAUGCCAAUUAUUUCAAUGCAUCUGCAUCAUACAUGGCAAGCUACAGCUUGCAGUCUCCAUGUGCCCCUGGAAUUAUGAUGAGCAGAUGGAUGAAC